GGCACCCACAGCCAGAGCCGCAGGGACCAAGGGGGCUUCUGCGCGGAAUCAAAAUAAUACGGAGAGAAGAGGAACGAAGUGAGAAGUUAACUAACAACAUGCAGUUACUCAUCUUCCUCAUAGUAACCCUGGGCACACUUGUCACGGGACUAGAUGCUGUUUAUAGCAGGAAGUCCUACAAGCUGCCAUAUAAAUACAGCUCACCUCACAAGGGUAAAUAUCUGCCUCUUCUACUUGCACCUAAAAAAUUUGUUACCCUGCGAUUACAUCUUCAUGUGAGAAGGAAGACUCUUACUGAUUGCCGUUGUUUGAAUGGAGGAACCUGCAUUACCUACUACUUCACUAGUGGAAUUAAUCGUUGUGUGUGCCCAAAAGGAUACUUUGGGAUUCACUGUGAAAUAGACACUGCCAGCACAUGCUAUACUGGGAAUGGGGAGGACUACAGAGGAAUAGCAACAGAAGAUGACUGUCUGCCCUGGGACCUUCCCUCAGUAGUCAGGAGGGGUCGUUACCAUGCUCGUUUGAGUAAUGCUUUGCAGCUGGGACUGGGCAAACACAACUACUGCAGAAACCCGAAUGGAAGCAGCAGGCCCUGGUGUUACACCAAAAAUGGAUUUGCCAUUCAAGAAACAGCUUGCAACAUAGAGAAGUGUGGGCCUGCAUGUGGUCAAAGGAGCAUGAGCAAGUACUUCAAGAUUGUUGGUGGAAGCCAGGCAGAGGUUGAGACUCAGCCUUGGAUAGCUGGCAUCUUUGAAAACAUGUGGGGCAUGGACCGUUUCCUGUGCGGUGGCAGCCUCAUUGACCCUUGCUGGGUGCUUACAGCAGCACACUGUUUUAACAUGCCGUCAAAAAGGCCACUAAACAAAUCCAUCUACAAAGUCUUCCUUGGGAAGUCCAUCCUGAAUGUUACUGACAUGAAUGAACAAGUAUUCAUGGUUGAUGACAUCAUCUCUCACCCUGGAUUUACAGAUGUAACAGGUGGCAAUGAGAAUGAUAUUGCUUUGAUAAGGAUAAGAUCAGCUUCUGGGCAGUGUGCAGUGGAAUCCAAAUAUGUCAGAACAGUCUGCUUGCCAGAGCGGAACCUUAACCUAAGAGACAAUACCCGCUGUGAAAUAGCUGGCUAUGGAAAACAAGAUUUUUACACUGCCAGCACAUGCUAUACUGGGAAUGGGGAGGACUACAGAGGAAUAGCAACAGAAGAUGACUGUCUGCCCUGGGACCUUCCCUCAGUAGUCAGGAGGGGUCGUUACCAUGCUCGUUUGAGUAAUGCUUUGCAGCUGGGACUGGGCAAACACAACUACUGCAGAAACCCGAAUGGAAGCAGCAGGCCCUGGUGUUACACCAAAAAUGGAUUUGCCAUUCAAGAAACAGCUUGCAACAUAGAGAAGUGUGGGCCUGCAUGUGGUCAAAGGAGCAUGAGCAAGUACUUCAAGAUUGUUGGUGGAAGCCAGGCAGAGGUUGAGACUCAGCCUUGGAUAGCUGGCAUCUUUGAAAACAUGUGGGGCAUGGACCGUUUCCUGUGCGGUGGCAGCCUCAUUGACCCUUGCUGGGUGCUUACAGCAGCACACUGUUUUAACAUGCCGUCAAAAAGGCCACUAAACAAAUCCAUCUACAAAGUCUUCCUUGGGAAGUCCAUCCUGAAUGUUACUGACAUGAAUGAACAAGUAUUCAUGGUUGAUGACAUCAUCUCUCACCCUGGAUUUACAGAUGUAACAGGUGGCAAUGAGAAUGAUAUUGCUUUGAUAAGGAUAAGAUCAGCUUCUGGGCAGUGUGCAGUGGAAUCCAAAUAUGUCAGAACAGUCUGCUUGCCAGAGCGGAACCUUAACCUAAGAGACAAUACCCGCUGUGAAAUAGCUGGCUAUGGAAAACAAGAUUUUUAUGACAUUUACUAUGCUCAAAGACUGAUGUCAGCCACUGUAAACUUAAUAUCACAGCAAAAAUGCAAAUAUGAGUACUAUGACGAUACCAAAGUUACUGACAACAUGGUCUGUGCCGGAGAUCCCACAUGGAUGACUGAUGCAUGCAAGGGAGAUUCUGGUGGCCCCAUGGUGUGUGAGCACAAGGGCAGGAUGACGCUUUAUGGGAUUGUCAGCUGGGGAGAUGGCUGUGCGAAGAAAAACAAGCCUGGCGUUUACACCAGAGUUACUCGAUACCUUGACUGGAUCGACUCCAAUAUGAAUGCUGUAACUGCCAAGAGUCGUUUCCUCCCUGAACCAAAGUGA